AUGUCAGUACUUGAUGGACUUAUAACCCACGGUUCCAUGAAUCUUGUAAUGUCAAAACAAAACUAUGUUACUGGUAUGGAAACUUGUGAAUUUACAUAUGAGUGGAAAAUUAAAAACUUCAGUGAGUGGAACCAUAAAAUAAUUGAAUCACCAAGUUUUUCUUCUCAUUUUUCUGAUUUUAAAGAUAAUUGGACUUUGAAAAUAUAUCGUGGAACUUGUAACAUUCUUGGUGAUGAUAGAUUAUAUAAAGCGGUUGAUCUACAGAUUCAAUCAUUUAAUAAUACCUCACAUUUACAAACAGAAUGUAAAAUGUCAAUUAAUAAUAAAAACGAACAAACUCGAAAAUAUGAUUUUAAAAAAUUUCUACAAAGAAUUACAUGGGAUAGAUAUAUUUUGACUUCAAACUUGUUAGAACCAAAUAAUGGAUAUUUACAAAAUGAUGAACUUAAAAUUUGUUGUACAAUAACAAUGUCCAAAAAACGAAUGAACAAUUCUGAUGUAAUUUCAACAUUUGAUGCAACACAACAAUUGAGUGCAGACUUAAAAAAAAUUUUGUUAACUAAACAAUUAUCUGAUGUUACCAUUCAAGUGGGUCAAAAAUCAUUUCCUGCCAUCAAAGGAAUUCUUGGAGCACGCAAAAAUCAAAAAAACGAAGUUGUUAUUGAAGAUAUUGAUGAAGAUGUUUUUGAAGAAUUUUUACUUUUUAUUUAUACUGAUAAAUCACCAAAUAUUGAAAAAAUGCCAAUGGAACUACUUGCUGCGGCUGAAAAAUAUCAGGUUGAUUGUCUUAAAAAUGCUUGUGAAAAAGUUAUAUGUGGAACGAUAAAUUUAAAUAAUGUUGCAAGUUUACUCGUUAUUUCUGAUAAAUAUAAUCUUGAAAUACUGAAUGAAAAUUGUUUAGAAUUUAUGAAAAAAAAUUUACGAGCUGUUUGGUCAAAUGAAACAUUUAAAACAAAAUGA